GGAGGGAGGGCGGGCCGGAGCGCAGUCCCCGCCUGGGAGUUUAAAGCGCCAUUUUGUGCCGGGCGGCGGAUAUCGAUCGUCGCUCCCUGUCGCGCGAGCGGCGGGGCGCUCGGCGCCCGUCCCUGUGCCCUUCUCCGCUCUUCUUCCCCCCCCCGGCCCUCCGCUCCCAUGACCCGCAGCAGGAAGCAGGCGGCGCUGGAGAGAGGAGCCGGCAAGAUGAACCCAGAAGCGGGGAGCGCCGAGGAGGGGGCCCGGGCGGCGGAGGCGGCGGCGGCCGCAGCCGGGAACGGAACGGCGCCCGGCGCCUGGGGGCUGCAGGGGGAUUCGGAGAAAGUUGUGUACUCGCGUUCGCAGGUCUCGUACGCCGGCACCAAGGCGCUGGGCGACGCCCUCAAGCUCUUCAUGCCCAAGUCCACCGAGUUCAUGAGCUCCGACUCGGAGCUGUGGAACUUCCUCUGCAGCCUCAAGCACGAGUUCUCCCCGGUCAUUCUCCGCAGCAAGGACGUCUACGGCUACGCCUCCUGCCGCGCCGUCGUCCCCGACCCGCCGCCGCCCUCGGCCGAGCGGCCCCGACACCGCCCCGGCAAGCGGCGCCUCCCGCCCGCCAAGCGCCGGGCCGCGGUCACGGGCGGCUCCGCCAAGCGGCCUCGGAGGAGGCGGCGGCGCCGCAGGAGGGCACAGGGCUGGAGGCGCCCAGCGGCACCGGCGGCCGACGUUCCCCACGGCGACGAGCGGCUGCGGGCGGCGGAGGAGGAGGCUGAGGACAGCGAGCGGGGCAGCCCGGCCGAGGAGGCCGCCUGGGAGCAGCCGUUCGACGGCAAGUCCCUGGAGGAGAUCUGGAAGGCGGCCACCCCCCGCCUCACCACCUUCCCCACCAUCCGGCUGCGGGGCGGCGUCUGGAACUGGCGCAGCCUGGAGGCGGCGCGGCGCCGGGCGCAGCGGAUCCUCGGCGUGGACCUGUCGCCCGUGGUGCGGGUGCGCCGCCUGCCCGUGGCACCGUCCUGAGGCGGCGGGAGGGGAGGGAAGGCCGGCGCGGACAAAGAGACCGAUAUCAGUCACCUGUUUACAUUGCUUUUGUCUGGAUCAUGUUCUUCUGCUGCACUUUACGGCUCGCUUAGAACCGGGGCCGGGGCGCCGGGCCCCGGGCGGGCGAGGGGCCGGCUGCGGGUACCGCGCGUGGGGACCAAGUUCCGCUUCCACUUCUCCCAUCGGGCUACCUCACUGGUCCAGAAGUCCACCCAAGAAGUUGUUUUCCAAAGGAACUUAAUUUUCAUGCUUGUAUAAUAAAGCACCAUCCGAUUCUCGUUCUUCUCCCCCCCCCCUUCUCCCUUAGCCCCCCUUUUCCGAUGGAUUAUGUAUGCUUUGUGGUGUUGCACUAGUAUGUGCUCAGGGUAUUUUGAAUCCCAAGCAUUCCCAAGUUUCAGUUCACUCUGACCGAGGAUGCGUUACGAUGGAGGUUCAGGACUUGUGGCUGUUCUUGAUGGUGCAAAAACUUUUUUUAUUUUAAAUUUCAUGGGCUUAGUGAUAUAUCCGGAUGUAUUGCUCAGUAUAAUUGUUACACUUUUGUAUCUAAAGUCAUUUUUAAGGUUUUCUAGUUGAACUAAGUAUUUGUUUCUUUGGAGCACCUAAAGAUAGAAUCAUGCUGAUAUUUUAUAAACCUGUUUACUUUAGGGAAGCUCAUUUGGUCAACCGAAGUGAACUUAAUAAAAGUUAAAGAAAAGUGAUGUUUCAGUUCAAUGAAACUGGAAUGCACAGUGAUGAGUUCCUCUCUGGAGUCUGCCAUGUUUGUGCUUAAUGGGAGACUCUGUGCUAUCACCCCAGUAAACAAGCUCGGAGCUGGUGAAGAGUGUAACUACUCAUAGGAGCUGGGCACAUAAGUGUCUGAAGGUGAACUGUGGUAUAGUAAUGUUGGCAUUAAUGGCAAAAAGAGACCCAGUACCUGGUUACUUCUUAACAAAAUGGCACUGUUGUCAACCCCGGGGCUGUUAGAUGACUAAUGGCAGAUAACUGUAUCAUUGUAAUUACUUGCACAUAAUUAUUUUUAUAAAUCUUUCCUGGGCUUCACGGUGGACUGUGGUGUAAAUUCAUGAUGUGGUUUAACUACUCGGGCAGAGAAAUUCCAUCACGCUGUUCUGUGUGGUGGGCAGUCCCUCUUUAAUUAUUAACAUUAUUUUAGUAAAGGGCUUUUCCUGGUUCUUUCCCGUUGCUGUUGGUGUGUAAGAAGCAAAGGUGUAGAUUUUCUUUUGCUUGAUGUUCUUUGAGUUUGGGAGAAGUGUUUGGUGAGAGGCGGUUUGUGUCCUUUGUAUCCUUGCAAACAAGGAACUUCUCGGUUUCCAUAGUGGAAUGAAUGACUAAACAAUUUACUUAUGGGUUGGUUUAGUGACUUCAGAUUUCUUUCCUGAUUGCUGUUGAUUUUUUGUUACCUGCUGUUUGUGGAGGUAGUGAGACAGUAAGAGGUGUAGAGGUGGCUUGUAAAAGCUUUUAAGUAUGAACCUGAAGCAACCAAAUUCUUCUAAAACUUCUUUGUGUUAUGUAGUUCUUACUUAGCGAAUCUGUGAAGUUCUUAUUCUUCCGAAGUAACCAUCUGGUCUGUAACCAUUAAGUUCUGAAAUCGUUUACAUAACAUUAGAGUGCCUGCUGAUGGCUGCAGUAGUGCCACGUCACAUUUCAGAAGGGAACUAGGAAAUGAAAGUUCAAGGGUACAUAUUAUGCUAUUUCUCUGGCUGUAAUACCUGCUUAAAUUUAGAGGCAAAAUUGUAUUGAUUAAAAACUCAGUAUGACAAACUGCCUUGUGACCAAAUGCCAAGUGUUUCAGUUUGGACAUUCAACUCAGAAAUGCUGGCUAUGGGGUUGUUACUGAUACUUGAAGUGUCUAAUUGACUUCAAUGAAGUUAUGCUCAUACUGCUAGGUUGAAUUAAUUUUUUUCAGUAUUCUUUUGAGAAAUCUGGGUAGAGAUAAUAAAAUUUACGCAGCUUU